UGUACAGGGCCUCGGGGAUCCCGGGAAGAGCCGACCCCUUCCCCGCCCCCGCGGCUUGGGCGGAGGGAGGUGCGGAUCCGCACCGCCCGCGCCCGCCCCCCGCCCUCCUCCGCGCUCCAAGUGGGUGCACUAACUGAAAGUUAAAAAAAAGCACCAAAACACCCCAAACCCMCUCCGACCCGCUCAGAGGGGGACUGCGGCGGUGAGGCGGGGCCACUUGGUCGGGUCCUCAGGCCCUCCGCUCAGCCUCGCAGKGAGGUAAAGCGCUGCAAGGUCGUCCUUGCGAGUGGAGCUGGGACGGGACAGAGCCUUGCCUGGCCAAGUCCAAGUACGCACCUCAGCGCCGAGCACAAGUACUGCAUGUUGGGCACUGCAGAUGCGAAGAUGAAGCCGUGGGUCGCUGUGAUUCCCUCGGUCAAUAGAAGCAAUCAUCAUGAAGAGCAAUAAGGAUAAGAUGGGAAAGCCCAGCAGCAAAGGGUGAAGACUUCAGACAAGCUGACCUUCCCAAUGCCUGGAUGUGACUGCUCUGGUGGGCCUGGUAGUGCAGCAUGAUUAGGAUGAGAAGGAAGAUACUGUGGGCAUCUUGCUUCUGCUUUGCAGCUGCCUUUUUCCUUGUGGUGACACUCCAGGUUAUCACUGAACUGGGCAAUUCGGAGAAUAAGGUGUCGGUAAUCUCCAGUUUGCAUAGCRGCCCGCUAAAGCCUGGGGAGAGACAUGCUUUUCAGUUUAAGAAGCAGGAACUUCACAGCAGCUUCAAGACAAAGUCUGAUGUAAAUCACUAUCCUGUCCUGCUCUGGUGGUCUCCCCUGACUGGAGAGACAGGGAGAUUCAGUCAGUGUGGAGAGGAUGUUUGCUUCUUUACUAUCAACAAGACCUACCAGCACAAUCAGAUGACAAGAGCAUUUCUGUUCUAUGGUACUGACUUCAGUAUARACAGCUUACCCCUUCCUCGUAAAGACUAUCAUGACUGGGCUCUUUUUCAUGAGGAGUCACCAAAAAACAACUACAAACUCUUCCAUGAAGCAACCAUCACCUUAUUCAACCACACUGCAACAUUUAGCCGCCACUCUCACCUGCCACUGACCACGCAGUACCUUGAGGGUGUAGAGGUCCUGAAGUCAUUGAGGUUCAUGAUCCCACUGCAGAUGAAAAAUAGCCUGAGGAAAAGGCUUGCACCGCUUGUGUACGUGCAGUCUGACUGCAACCCSCCUUCUGACCGGGACAGCUAUGUGCGUGAGCUGAUGUGCCACAUUGAAGUAGAYUCUUAUGGGGAAUGUUUGCAUAAUAGAGAUCUACCUCAGCACCUCAGAAAUCCAGCUGCCAUGGAUGAUGAGAACUUUUUAAAAAUACUGGCACAGUACAAGUUCAUUCUCGCUUUUGAAAAUGCGAUUUGUGGAGAUUACAUCACUGAAAAACUYUGGCGGCCUCUGAAGCUGGGAGUGGUGCCAGUGUACUUUGGGUCUCCCAGUAUUGUAGACUGGCUUCCUAGUAACAAGAGUGCAAUCCUGGUAUCCAGUUUUUCACAUCCUCGGGAUCUGGCCCGUUACAUCAAAACACUGGAUACAAAUGAUGAAGAGUAUGAGUCCUACCUACAAUGGAAACUGAAAGGGGACAUUUCCAAUCCGAGACUGCUUACAGCAAUGAAGGAGCGCAAGUGGGGAGUACAAGAUAUCACCCAGGACAAUUACAUUGAUGCCUUUGAGUGCAUGGUGUGUAACAGGGUGUGGGACAACAUCCGACGGAAAGAGAAGGGAUGGCUGCCCCAGAGGUGGGAGGCCCAGGUUAACCAUCUGAGCUGUCCCAAACCAGAAGCAUUUUGGUUCUCCUCCUCAAAYCCUGGCUGGACUUCUCUCCAAAAGAUGUGGAUACCAAGCUUCGAGCAAUCCAAGAGAGAAGCCUGGGCACUGAGACACCUGGUGGAAAGGAACAGGAAUUUUACAGCUGAAGAAUUUUGGAUGCUUGUAUUCAAAGAAUAGAAGCAAUGACCUGCAAAACAGAGUGAGCUCCUCAGAGGAGUUCUGUGGAGUUUUCUUUUGUAGAUGACCUAAUAAUUUAGGAUCAGUAGCCAUGGGAAGUAGACCCAUAAGACUGAAGUUUGUAUGUUCGAUGCUAAAGGGGCACUAAGAARUGUUAAGCAAUAAAAUCAUUCUGCCAGGUAAUACAUGCAUAUGUAUAUGUAUAUAUUUAGAAUGAUUUGUAUUAAUUGUCAUUGGUUCAAGUGUUUGAACUAAGGCUCUGGUUGCCAGGGUUCUCAAAGCCCAGAUUUAAGCAYACAGCUAAUUACCCUGAAUCAGAUGGCUCUUCCUCCAUCUUCAGAUACAUUUCUGCUUGGUCCCUUUUUCCCCAGUCCAGGGCCCUCCUUUGCUAUCUUGAUAACCUCAAGGUGCAGAGCAGCUGGCACCAUUGCACUGGCACAGUUUCUUUGCUGCUUUGGAGGUAGACUGAAAACUUGGGACUGUGUCCCUGGCUAGCUGUUUAUUAUCAAUUUUCCUGGCAUCAGCAGAUUUAGCAGGGACUUGGCGGGCUUUGUGUCCUGACACUGAGUGCCAAUGUAAAGUACAUUAGUGGCUGGCACGAGGAAUCGCCAUCUGUUAGUGUCCAGGGACAGAUUGAAUGAAAAACGUGCUGGCUCAGACUUAACCCACCAUCUUUUGCUAAAAAUAAGUGGAGCACAUGAAUAUCUCUGCUCCCCAGAAGUAGGGCUGGCUUUGAUCUGACUUACCUUCUUGCCUUUCUGAUGAUAUAUUUGUAUUCUGAUGAURUAUUUGUAUUCUGAUCAUGGUAUUUGUAUCAUGUAUAAACAUGAAAUAAUAUGGCUAAAAGGGCAGGGAUAAUAGAGUCCAUUGGUGCUGAACAGUCUUCAGUAGGCCCAGGGAGAACUAGACAAACAGCCUUCCUAUUUUAACACAGAAAACCUCAAGUUACUGAAUUUGAGAAAGAAUUAAACUUUGUGAUCUUGGUCAUCACUUGCCAAAGGUCACACUUUUGCCCGGUGUUCAGACUGUGGCAGUUUUCAUCCCAAAUUUUUUCAGCCUCAGUCGACUUCCACAGUACCUGCAGAAUGGCACUGGCUGAGGGGAGCCGUUUAGAUGAGGGACCACGUAGUGGUGUGUAUGUGGGCAUGUGUAGCCAAUCCUACACAUGCCCACUUAUGAUGACACAUGCAAAUGGAGCUACUAAUACAGAGUUCUUCACAUUGCUGGAAAGCCAGAUUUUCACCUGUGUGGUAAUUUCCAUGCAAUUGUUCCUUGCACCAGGCUGUUUAAAAUUUCCAUCAAACCCUUGGCUGUUUCAUGAAGGGGUGCCCACAUAGUGGUAGUGGGGAAGGAUGUGAAUAUCAUUUACACAAAGAAAUUCAGCUGCAAAAGUUGUUUACCUUGAAAAAGUUUGCUUGCCGGAAAUUUCCUCAAUGAAUAGCUGGUGAUUUUUUUAUUACUUUUAAAUCUGUAAAAGGAAAGAUCCGUUUUAUGGCCAUGAACAGUACAGUAUUGGUCAUUAGUAUCWGUCAUUGUUUCUAUGAGAAUAUGUUCAGUUUUGAUUAAGCGAAAUAUUCCCACUGAAAUUUCUCACCACUAGUGUUUUGCCAGUGUGACACACAGCYUCUGUUGGCAUAUCUUAAACACUUUCCCCAGUGGAUUGCAGUGCAAAUGAUGAUUAGGCUCCAUGAAUGAAGCUCUUCAGGAAAGUAUCAUUAACAGUGGACUCACAGGCUUCCCUAGAUCAGAAUUGAAAGCUAGACAUAAACCCAAAGCAUUUGCAAAGGGAACUGCUGAAUCCUUGUCUGUCGCCAUGAAUCCCGGUUUCACUUCCCAGGAUGAUAAAGUAUAUUUGAAACAUG